AUGGAGCAAUUAAAAGCAAAGAGAGAACCAACCCCAGAAAACUCUAAAUCAAUUUGGGCAUCACUUUAUAAGAACGAAUGUAAAGCUGAUUUUUGUCCACAAUGCAAUGCCUUUUUAAAUUAUCCAAGAUCUACUUCACAAUUAAUCACUUGUUCACUUUGUACUUUUUCAAAAAAUAAAUUUGAUAUUCAAGAUAAGAAAAUUAUUACCAAGAGUUCACUUUUCAAUAAAACUGAAGCUAAAAAAGAUGAUAGCGAAGAAGAUCGUGGUGCUAUUAUUGAUGAAAAAUGUCCAAAUUGUGGUCAUGGUAAAAUGUAUUUCAAAACAGCUCAAACUAGAUCAGCUGAUGAAGGUCAAACUAUUUUUUACGAUUGUGUUAAAUGUUCACAUAAAUUCUCUACCAAUUCAUAA